AUGCCCAACCACCCCCUCGCAGCGUCCGCGCUAGCAGCGCUGCUGCUGUACUGCCUCGCCACGGCCGCGUACAGGCUGUACCUAUCGCCACUAGCACGCUUCCCGGGCCCGAAACUCGCGGCGCUGACGAGGUGGUAUGAGUUCUACCACGAUGGGCUUCGUGGGGGGAAGUAUACGUGGCGCAUUGGGGAGAUGCAUAAGCGUUACGGGCCUAUCGUCAGGAUCUCGCCGUGGGAACUGCACGUUAGUGAUACGGCGUUUAUAGACACAUUAUACGCUCCCGGCAGCCAAGUCCGGGACAAACACGCCUUCUACACGCGGCAGUUCGGGCUGCCGGCGUCGGGGUUCGGGACGGCGUCGCACGCGCUGCACCGGCUGCGCCGCGGCGCGCUGAACCGCUUCUUCUCGCGGCAGAGCGUGUGCGCGCUGGAGCCGCUGCUGGGGCGGUGCGCGCGCACGCUGUGCGACCAGCUGGAGACGUAUGCGGGGACGGGCGAGGUGGUCGACUUGUGCGACGCGUUCAGCUGUCUGGCGACGGAUGUGGUCAGCGCGUAUGCGUUUGGGCGGAGUUAUGGGUUCUUGGAGAAUAGGGCGUUUCGGCCGAAUCUGAGAGAGGGCAUUGAUGGCGGGAUGAAGAUGGGCGCGACCAUGAAGAUGCUGCCGUGGUUGUUGCCGUUGCUGCGGAGGGUGCCGGAUGCGUGGGUCCUGUGGGCGAUGCCGGGCAUGGCGGGGUAUAUGGGCUUUCAGCGGGAGAUGCGGCGGGUGGUGGGGAGGAUUGAGGAGGAGGAAAAGAGGAGUGCUGGUGCUGGUGGGGAAAAGAAGGAGGGAGAGGCGGAACUGCAGCGGACGAUCUUCCACGAGGUUUUGCGCGGCGAUCUCCCGCCCGAGGAGAAGAAGACGGCGCGACUGUCGCAGGAAGGGCAGGCCGUGAUAGGCGCCGGUACGGAAACAACAGCCUGGACGCUCUGCGUCAUCCUCUACCACGUGCUCGCGAAUUGCGCCCUCCUUGAGAACCUGCGCACCGAGCUGCUCACCACCGCCCCCGACGCCACCUCCUGGCGCGCGCUCGAGCAGCUGCCGCUCCUGAGCGCGACAGUCGCUGAGGGCUUGCGCCUGUCGUACGGGCUCGCGACGCGGCUGGCGCGGGUCGCGCCCGUGCCUUUGCGGUUUCGGUCGAGCUCUGGGCCCGGCUCUGGUGCAGAAACCUUCGGGGACGUAGAUGUCGUGAUCCCGCCCAACACGCCUGUAGGCAUGACCGCGGUGCUGGUGCACCAUGACGCGCGCGUGUUCCCCGAUUCGGAACGGUUUUGGCCCGAGAGGUGGUUGGUUGCGACCGCGGAGCAGCGGCGCGAGAUGGAGCGGUGCUUGCUGAGUUUUUCGCGGGGCGGGCGGCAGUGCUUGGGCAUGAAUCUGGCGUACGCGGAACUGUACAUCACGCUCGCGACCGUGCUGCGCCGCUUGGGCGCACGCUUGCAGCUUUUCGAGACGGACGAGGACGACGUGCGCGUGCAUCGCGACAUGUUUCUCCCGAAGCCCAGGGAUGGCUCGAAGGGCGUGCGGGUGCUUGUUGUGUAG